AUGGCCCUUGUCAAGAAGGGUGUUUCACGCCAGGAUGCCCACGAGGAGAUCCGCGUCCUCUCCCACCAAGCCUCCGCCUCCGUCAAGCUGGAGGGCAAGCACAACGACCUCAUCGAGCGUAUCCGUGCAACACCUUUCUUCGAGCCCAUCAUCGGAGAGCUCGACGCUCUGCUUGACCCUUCAACCUUCACCGGCCGUGCUCCUCAGCAGGUCGAGAAAUUCUGCGGUCCCGAGGGUGAUGUCGAGAAGGCCCUCGCCAAGUACCGUGCCGAGGGUAUCGAGGAGAAGGUCGGUGACAUUAUCCUUUAG